AGCCAAGAGGCCCGAACGCCUCAGAAACCGGAAGAGGCCGCGCGCCGCCCACCUGGCGGGGUCUUCCUCAGCCGCCACGCUGGUCUUCUCAGCAUCUCAGUCACCUACACGAGACUCAUUCUUCCGUCGGGCCUAGCACCCAGUGUCUAGCAAAAGGCCUUCCCCGGAGUUUCCACAUUCUCCUCUCAGCCGCAGGCGCGCCGCGGGUCAGCCUGCCCGGAGCGCACUUUCCAUACAGGCAGUUCCGUGGCCGCCUAGCAGGGUGGCGUUGCUUAGCAACGGCGGGGUCCUUUCUGGCUCGGUGGCGCUCAGGGCCUGAAGCUAACGAACGGCCGCGGAGGGUGCUGGGGGCGGCGCCGUUGGUGCAGGGGGCGGCCGGGGGACGGUGGCGAGGGCUCUGUGCACCCGGGAACCCGACCUCUGCGCCCCGAGGAAGAUGAGCGAGGCGGACCAGGCCCGGGUGGGGCCCACGGCUGAAGAGCCCUCGCUGUCCCCUGAGGAGGAGGGCGAAGGGGGCGGGAAGGAGCCGGCGACCGAAGCGGCCCCCGGGCCCAGCGCCGCGUUCCGCCUCAUGGUGACUCGGCGGGAGCCGGCCGUGAAGCUGCAGUACGCGGUGAGCGGCUUGGAGCCACUAGCCUGGUCUGAGGACCACCGGGUGUCAGUGUCCACGGCCCGCAGCAUCGCCGUGCUGGAGCUUAUCUGCGAUGUGCACAACCCAGGCCAGGACCUGGUGAUCCACCGCACCUCGGUGCCCGCACCCCUCAACAGCUGCCUCCUCAAAGUUGGCUCGAAAACAGAAGUUGCUGAGUGCAAGGAGAAGUUUGCUUCCUCAAAAGACCCUACCAUCAGCCAGACUUUCAUGUUGGACAGGAUGUUCAACCCUGAGGGGAAGGCGUUGCCCCCAAUGCGGGGCUUCAAGUACACUAGCUGGUCUCCCAUGGGUUGUGAUGCGAACGGCAGGUGCCUCUUGGCAGCACUGACCAUGGACAAUCGCCUGACUGUGCAGGUGAACCUCAAUCGACUGCAGUGGGUUCAGCUGGUCGAUCUGACUGAGAUUUACGGAGAACGUCUUUAUGAGACCAGUUAUAGACUCUCUAAAAAUGAGGGUCCUGGGGGGAAUCUUGGAGAUUUUGCUGAGUUUCAGAGGAGACACAGCAUGCAGACCCCAGUCAGAAUGGAAUGGUCAGGCAUUUGUACCACCCAGCAAGUCAAGCACAAUAAUGAGUGCCUGGAUGUGGGCAGUGUGCUCCUGGCUGUCCUCUUUGAGAACGGGAAUAUAGCUGUGUGGCAAUUUCAGUUGCCAUUUGUGGGGAAGGAGUCCAUCUCUUCAUGCAACACCAUUGAGUCAGGAAUCAGCUCCCCUAGUGUUUUGUUUUGGUGGGAAUAUGAGCACAAUAGUCGGAAAAUGAGUGGCCUUAUUGUGGGUAGUGCUUUUGGACCUGUAAAAAUUCUCCCUGUCAAUCUCAAAGCCGUCAAAGGCUACUUCACUUUAAGGCAGCCUGUUGUCCUGUGGAAAGAAAUGGACCAAUUGCCUGUGCAUAGUAUCAAAUGUGUGCCACUUUAUCAUCCUUACCAGAAAUGUAGCUGUAGCUUAGUAGUAGCAGCAAGAGGCUCCUAUGUGUUCUGGUGUCUUCUUCUGAUCUCAAAGGCAGGUCUGAAUGUUCAUAAUUCCCAUGUCACAGGCCUUCAUUCACUGCCCAUCGUCUCCAUGACUGCAGACAAGCAGAAUGGAACAGUGUACACCUGUUCUAGUGAUGGGAAGGUGAGGCAGUUGAUUCCUAUUUUCACAGAUGUUGCAUUGAAGUUUGAACACCAGCUGAUUAAACUCUCAGAUGUAUUUGGCUCCGUGAGGACUCACGGCAUUGCAGUGAGUCCCUGUGGUGCUUAUCUGGCCAUCAUCACCACUGAGGGCAUGAUCAAUGGCCUCCAUCCUGUUAACAAGAACUACCAGGUCCAGUUUGUUACUCUGAAGACCUUUGAAGAAGCGGCUGCUCAGCUCUUGGAGUCUUCAGUUCAGAAUCUCUUCAAGCAGGUGGACUUGAUCGACCUAGUCCGAUGGAAAAUUUUAAAAGAUAAACACAUCCCUCAGUUUUUACAUGAAGCUUUGGAAAAAAAGAUUGAAAGCAGUGGAGUCACCUAUUUCUGGCGUUUUAAACUUUUCCUCCUAAGGAUUUUGUAUCAGUCAAUGCAGAAAUCCCCUUCAGAGGCCUUAUGGAAACCUACCCACGAGGACUCAAAAAUCCUAUUGGUUGACUCACCUGGGAUGGGUGAUGGUGAGGAUGAACAGCAAGAAGAAGGCACUUCCAAGCAGGGGACCAAGGCUGGCCCGCAAGAGAGGAGCAAAGAGGGUGACACAGAGGAGCCCCCCGAAGACUCACUCACUGCCAUGGGAGACACUGGAGGCCGUGAACCCAUAGAGGAAAAGCUCCUUGAGAUCCAAGGGAAGAUUGAGGCUGUGGAGAUGCACCUGACCAGGGAGCACAUGAAGCGGGUCCUUGGAGAAGUGUACCUGCACACCUGGAUCACAGAGAACACCAGCAUACCCACCAGAGGGCUCUGUAACUUUUUGAUGUCUGAUGAAUCCGAUGACAGAACAGCACGGGUCCUGAUUGGACAUAUCUCCAAGAAGAUGAAUAAGCAGACAUUCCCCGAGCACUGCAGUCUGUGUAAGGAGAUCUUGCCAUUCACGGAUCGCAAGCAGGCUGUUUGUUCCAAUGGGCACAUCUGGCUCCGGUGCUUUCUAACCUACCAGUCCUGCCAGAGCUUGAUAUACCGAAGGUGUUUGCUCCAUGACAGCAUUGCCCGGCACCCUGCUCCAGAAGAUCCCGACUGGAUUAAGAAGUUGCUGCAGAGCCCUUGUCCUUUCUGUGACUCUCCUGUCUUCUGAAUGUCAGUGAGGAGGCUGGAGGAACAUGAACUCGGCUGUAGAAAGUACCCUGGAGCCUGAGGAGCAGGUGUGCUGGAGGAAUCCUGGCGCAGGACAGUGGAGAGACAUUCCUCUGACUGGAGGAGGGAGGUCAUCCCUGAGCUCAUUUCGACAGCACACACACUAUCUUCAGGAACUAAAGGAUAUCUAACUUCAGAGAGUUUGAGUCAUUUUGAGGUGAACAUUAGCCACCCCCAGCUCCUCACCAGUGAGGACCACUUACUUUUCAAGUGUCUUGCCUAAAGCAGUUUGAGUGGAAACCUGCUCCUUGAGCCGUAAUGGGCUCUUAUAGAAAAUCUGAGGACCUCACUGUGAGUUAGGUUUCAGCCUUGCUUUGGUCUGGAACUGCCUGUGGCUCCAGAGGACUCGUAGGUUGGUACUUGACACUUCCUGUGCCAAUACAUCGUAAAGUGUCUAAAGCUGUGUGUGGCUAGUGUUUGCUCAGCAGACUCAUCUGCCCAUUGACUUCUUUCCAUGAACAUGGAAGACAUUUUCUUAAAACUAUAUUUUUGAAGCCAAGAAUAAAAUCAAUCUUAAUGUAUCAAAUAAUCAGGUGACUAUUAGAAGUUGAUAAUUGUCAUUUAUUUUUAUCUCCUGUGUCAUCAGAUUUCCUGACCCAGCUCCUUAGUAUGUCAAAAGAGAUUGAGUACUCCUUCCCUCAUCAGAGUCCUACUUCAUACCCAACUGUGUGACCUAGAUAUUGGUACAUAGAGGGAAAGUAUUUUCUUCUUUUAGUAUUAAGUUGAAGCUUCAGUAUUUUUAACAUUGACUUAUCCAGACAUCUCACUGAGUAUCUAGGGGAAGGUUGAUCUAGGGAUUUCUGGGGAGAGAUGGCAGCGUGGCAUUGGAGGUCCUUGAGCUCUGUGCUGCAAGCAUGCGCAGCUCAAGUGGACAGACCUGGGACUUUCUUCUCCGGCCAAAGGUCCUUAAUAUUUGGAAUACAGGUAUUUUCUGUGAGCUUAAAGAAGAGGCACACAUUAUUGGUUGACCAGACCUGAAAGCAUUCUGGAAUCACAGUCUUGGGUUUUUAAAUUAAGUUUCCUGGGAUUGGUGCUAAUGAACUGGACUGUAGUGCACGGUUUCUGAAAUUGUACAUGUUUUUGGAAAGUACAGAACAUGAAAUGCUUUGCUUCUUCGUGAUCCUUUACGCUUUUAUUUUAACAUGCUUUCCCACUUUGAUUUUAUACCUGUAGUGAAAGACAUUCUGUCCUCACUUCAGAAAUAAUGUCUUGACUUGGGUACCAUAGUGAGAGAUAGACCACAUGCCAUCCUACCACACUUCCUGCCUCGAAAAAUAGCUCCACACUGGGGACAGACCCUAAGAAGCACUGCCAGAAGCUGCUCUAAAAUGUACUAGUAAGGUUGUUGCCCUGUGCCAUGUGUUUAAUGAAUUGUUUGCUGGGUAUUUAAUGUCCUACUUGAGGUUGUAACAACAGCAUCCAUCCAGACCUGCGGGGCAGCAAAGAAAGAGCCCCGACUGACCCAGUUCAGACUCUACAUGGCUGCAACGGAGCCUGCAACUGCCACUCUGUACCGGAAACAUGGCAGGAGUGGAGAUGGUAUGAAGAGUUGUCCCCAGGCUGACAACCACGCAGGCCAAGCUUCCUUUCUCUUGCUCUUUGGAAUCAAGCUCACUAGGUGUUCUCACAGGGAAUUUGUGCUAGGAACUAUUUAAAACGUAACUGAUUGUUUAAGGCAGUUGCUCUGUUUUGAGAAAUUUUAACAAACAGGAGUAAUGAAAGAAUUUCUAGGGUGUAUGCUUGUGUACAGGAAGAAGCAUGGCAACUGGAACUCAGGUUCUCAGGAAGAGGCUCUGAAAUCCAGCCACAGCCAGUUGUCUCCACAGCUAGUAGGGAUGUCUUCCUCCCCUCCGACGCCUCCCCCCCACCCCAAGUCCCAUCACACACCGAUGAUAGUCUUCAGAGCUGGGUGAACAAGAGAGUUUGGGAUUGAUGGCAGCCUCCCGCAUAGGACACUUCUGAAUUCUUCUCUAAGGGUCGGUAUAUAGGACCCUGGAGGGACCUUGGAUGGAGGGACCUUGGGGUAAUGGGAGUGACACCAGAGUCUUGCAGUUACCUCUUCUAGCUUGAACUUGCCUGUGCGGCUUGGUGGAAGAAUUAAGGUAGCUUUCGGUUGCAGCUGUGGGGGAAGAGCAGCCAUCACAUUGUUGCCCUGCAGUUAGAAGGCUGGAGCAGACUACAGAGACCCCACAAGCUGGAACACUGCUGUGUAUCAGGUCUUCUCUGCCUGGGGUUAUUUGUUUCUGUUAUGUGAGGUAGGAAAUGGGCAGUUUGUUCUGGUUGGUGUUCAUGCUGAAGUUCUGGUAUGUUCAUCCCCAGACUUGAAGCUGUCUUUACCUACUACUAGAUCUACCAGAAGCUGUCAUGAGCACCAGUGAAGUCUGUGGUCAGAUGUAACAGUUUCCUGCUCGUCCCUCUAGGCUCUAGCAAGUUUUUAAGAACAUCUAUGUAGAAGUAGUAGGCUAGACCUAGCAAUAAGCAUAGCAAGUUAAUUGGAUUGGGAAAGUUUUAUUUUCUGCUUGUUUGUUUUGUUCUGUUUUUUGAGACAGGGUCUAUGUUAUAGCUCUGGCUGGCCUGGAACGCCCUUUGUAGACCAGGCUGGCCUUGAAUUCAAAGAUCUGCGUGGCUAUAUUAGUGUCAGAUAAGGUGCAGAUAGAUGGUCGAGCACGGCCUUGGUCUGGGGCCCUCCACCCUGGCAGCGGCUAAAGGGCCUGGGCUUGCUGAGUGACUGCAGUUCUGAAAUAGACCAGACUUGGGUUCUGGCCAUCCCUUCUUGCUUUCCUUUCCACAAGAGGCAGCUCUCAGCAUUAGGAUACACUUCAGGGCCAGAAAAAUGUAUAGUGAUAAAAUGUCUAAAGGCUAAGCCAUGUUGUACGUCUUCCAAGAAGAAAAAAUGGGCAUCUCGUGGUCAGAGGGCUGACUUCGGGCUCCUUGCCACCAAGUCAGCAUGGAUCCCCCAACAGUCAGUCAGAUACUCGAAGCUCUUUCACCAUAGCACAGGCUGGACCUGAGGUGUCACAGCCAGGCUUUGGCAGCCCCUCAUGGCAUGUCCUGAUAGAGUGUAGCCUCAGCAACCAUACCUUCCCCCUUGAGGUGUUGGCUGGAAGGAUGUCCCUGCAGGGUCUAACGAAGUGGGUUGUCUGGCUUUAGUUCCUGUGAAGCAUCGGUGCCCUCACACACUUCAGACUGUGCCACAGACUCUCAUGUUAUUAGACCCUCAACUGCUCUUUCUGGAAGCUGAGUUCUUGAAGUUACAUCUGCUUUGUGUCUGCUGCUCAGCCUAAGUGCACAGUAGGUGAAAUGUCCUUAAAUGGAACUAAGCUACACUCAAGGUAGCCUUGCUUCUAGCUACCUACAGAUACAGUAGCUCUGCCCGAGUAGCAGGCAGAAGGCAGUGUUCGUGGAUUUUUUUUCAUCUCAAGGCCAUGUUUAUAUCGAGGGGAGAGACCCUGAUGCAGUCAGGGUUCUAGUCGUGAAUUUAUUUAGAACCAGAUGGUGUGGUUCACCAACAGGGCUUAAGUAUUCCUUCAUUGUGAUUGAACUGAGUAGAAAAAGAGGUGGUACGCAUCAGAAUUACUUUGUAGGCUCUCAAGCGAAAAAUGUGGUCCUGGGUUGAGCAGAUCACAUCCGAGUUCUGAACCUUCUGUUUGUUUUUAAAAGUUCCUUAUCUCAAGGCUGAGGUUGUAGUUGGGUGGGUAGAACACUUGCUUAGCAUUCUCAAAGCCUCAAGUUCCAUCCUCAGCACUUGGGGGAGGAGAGGAGUGUUUACUGUUUACAUCCCUGUCAUGAAGUUCUGUUGUUUUCAUAAAGAAAAAUACUCUAAAAUAGACUGAGUGAAGCAUGGUGGCACACACCUAUGUUCUGAGCACUCAGGAAGCUGAGACAGGAGGAUGAAGUAGAAGGCCAGCCUGAGCUGUGUGGAGAGAGCCUGUCUCAGAAAAUCAAAACUGGUCAGAUUGUGCAGCGGAAGAGGUGUUGGUGACAGUGUUGGGACAUUUUGAGCCCAGGUCUACAUUUGGCUAACGUGGUAGGGUGGAUGCUCAUGUUCUCACUGUCUCUGUAUGGUACUAAUGUAAAAUCAAACACAAGUAUCCCAUGAAUUGUGUUUUUCCAAGGUUUUGUUUCACAUUUGUAUUUGAUAGGACAUGGAUGUGAGCAUCACACUUGUUUACACACAUGUCUGCUGUGCUUAGUGGUUGUACCCGCUGUUUACCCCAUGCUUGUACUAAAGUUUGUGCUUGGCUUUGAAUUGUAUGUUUACACCUGACUGUUUUUAAAUAAAGAGAAAAUUUUACGGUA